GAACGAGGCGUGCCACGGUUGUUGUGUUAUUAUUGGGCAGUACAUCUUUCGCAGCAUCCAGUUCUCGAGGAAGCUCAUCUCGGUCAACCAGCCCACUGCGUCCACUGCUCAUCUGACCAGAGAGACUUCAAACGCUCAAACAAACACCCACCAAAAAAAAAAAAGAGAGAAAAGAGGAGUUUACGAACAGGAAGUGGCAAGUGUGACGAGCGGUUCAGCAAGGGCGAGCAGACUAAUCAGGAACUCUUCUCAGCAGCCAUGUCAAACGAACGCACCCCCCUGAUCACCUCAGGGGUGUGUGGUCUUAAUGUGACUGCAGCGGUAUGUGGCACGGAUACGGACCCCAACCUGGAAUCCAGCUCUGGGACACCAAAUCAGACUCCUCGAAAACUGAACACGUUUUUCGGCGUUAUGGUGCCAACCGUCCUCUCAAUGUUCCGCAUUGUGUUGUUUCUGAGAACAGGGUUUGUGGUUGGUCAUGCGGGGCUGUUGCAGGCUCUUUUGAUGGUGGUUGUUGCCUACACCAUCAUAUCUCUUACAAUACUGUCCAUCUGCGCUAUUUCCACCAAUGGUGCGAUACAGGGCGGCGGAGCGUACUACAUGAUAAGCCGCUCUUUGGGGCCUGAGUUUGGAGGAAGUAUUGGUUUAAUGUUUUUCCUGGCAAAACUUUUUGCCUGUGGAGGGUAUGUUCUAGGUCUUGUGGAAGCCAUACUUGAUGUAUUUGGUUUGGAUCCCGAGUCCCCUGUGUCCUCGGGGUGGCGGGUGCUUCCUCAGGGUUACUGGUAUACGGUGUUGUAUUCUUCAGUAAUCCUUCUGCUGUGUCUGCUUGUGUGUCUGGUGGGCGCCCACAUCUACUCCCGCACCGCCUUCGUCAUCCUGCUGGUGGUCACUGCAUCGCUGCUGUCCGUUUUCAUCAGUUCUGUAGCAGUCAAACCUCACAACUUUGUCAUUACUCACCGUGGAUCUGGCAACCAGACCCUCCGCUACAAUGCCAGCUACACAGGGUUCAGCGCUACCACCCUGAAGAACAACCUGGGCUCUGGUUACUCUUUGGACUACAGCACCAACUCUGUCAUGUCUUUUGCCACUGUGUUUGCUGUCAUGUUCACCAGCUGCACUGGGAUCAUGGCUGGAGCCAACAUGUCAGGGGAGCUGAAGAACCCGAGUGUUUCCAUCCCUAAAGGCACCAUCAUAGCCGUCAUUUACACUUUCUCAGUCUACGUGCUUCUCUUCAUCAUGAUCAGCGCCACCUGUGACAGGACCCUGUUAAUUCAGGAUUAUGGAUUCUUGCAGCGAAUCAAUUUAUGGCCACCAUUUGUCACUAUUGGGAUAUACUGCGCAUCUCUGUCAGCUGCAAUGUGUGCUAUGAUUGGAGCUUCCCGUAUCCUCCAUGCUCUUGCUCUGGAUCAUCUCUUUGGUUUGCCAUUAGCCCCAGCUACCAUCACAUCAGCUUCAGGAAAUCCUUGGGUGGCGGUGCUGUUCACUUGGGGCCUGACACAGUGUGUGGUGUUUGCAGGGGAGCUCAAUGCUAUUGCAAGUCUGGUGACUGUUUUCUACUUACUUGCCUAUGCUGCAGUUGACUUGGCCUGUUUGGCUCUUGAGUGGGCAUCAGCACCAAAUUUCAGACCAACCUUCCAGCUCUUCUCCUGGCACACUUGCCUCCUGGGGAUUCUGAGCUGUUUGACCAUGAUGUUCGUCAUUAAUCCUGUGUACUCCUCGGGCAGCAUCGUCCUCCUGUUAUUGCUGCUGCUUUUCCUCCACUACAGAUCGCCCACCAGCAGCUGGGGCUACAUCAGCCAGGCUCUCAUUUUCCACCAGGUACGCAAGUAUCUGCUGAUGCUUGAUGUGAGGAAAGAACACGUGAAGUUCUGGAGGCCGCAGGUGUUGUUAAUGGUGGCCAACCCCCGCUCUUCCUGUCAGCUCAUCCUGUUUGUAAAUCAGCUGAAGAAAGGAGGGCUGUAUGUGUUGGGUCACGUGCAGCUGGGAGAUCUGGACACCUUGCCUUCAGACCCAGUUCAGCAGCAGUACAACUUCUGGCUGAGCCUAGUUGAUAAACUUGGGGUUAAGGCCUUUGUUGACCUGACGCUCUCCCCCACAGUCAGACAGGGAACUCAGCAUCUGCUGCGCAUCACAGGCUUAGGUGGCAUGAAGCCCAACAUGUUGAUUUUGGGGUUCUACGACGGCUGCACUCCUGAGGACUUCUUCCUCCAGGACACUGCCUUCUGCGACUCUUCAGUGGGACGAGGCAGCGAGGAGGAAUAUAAUUUUGGGGUUGACCUUCCUUCGCUGCAAGCCCAUUUCCCUCCCAUUCGUGAUGUUGAGAGCCCACGGUGGCUCACACCAGAGGAGUACGUUGGGAUCAUUUCUGAUGCCAUUAAAAUGAACAAGAGUGUGUGCCUGGGUCGAUAUUUCUUCCAGUUAGUGGGAGAAGAUAAAGAUAGCAAGGUUGAUGGCUCGGAGCGGAUUAUAGACGUGUGGCCACUGAACCUGCUUCAGCCAGGCAGCCGCGAUUAUGAGGACGUGUGCAGCCUCUUUCUGCUGCAGAUGGCCUGCGUGCUCAACAUGUCCAGCAAAUGGCGGCAUGCAAAAAUGAGAAUUUUCCUGAAUGUGGGAACCGGUUCCAGCGACCAGGGCUGGAUGGCAAAUGAAGAGACCUUUCGAGAGUUGCUGAGGAAGUUGAGGAUCAGGGCGUCGAUAAAGAUCGUGCCGUGGGACUCUGUGCUGCAGCACCACAUUCCCACUGCGGAGCCGACACAAACUUUGUCCGAGGACUUCCUGUCGGCCUUGAAUCGCAUGUUGAAGGAGCACAGCUCGCAAGCUACUGUUCGCUUCCUGUAUUUACCUGAACCUCCUUCACACCGCAGCCAGUCACAGCUGUUCUUAUCUCAACUAGAAGCAGUGACCAAUGGAUUAGGGCCAACACUUCUUAUUCACGGUGUCACCCCAGUCACAUACACUGAUCUCUGAGCUUGUGCAGUUGAGUUUGUUCAUGCUGUUACUUGUUAAUGAAGUAGUGUCAUAUCAUAUUGUUUGUUUAAAUAUAGGUAGAAACACAUUAACAAAUAAUUUCAUAGUAAGUGAAUACUUAUAUACAAUACUGAGUAUGUCUUCUUACACUUUAGAUCUUUUUUUUAAUAGUACUACCAAAAUAAAAGAACGACAGUCAAGUGCCACUUGAUGGUUUUCAUUUAAAUAUGUUUCCCUAUUUUAAUAUACUUGACCUGGCUUUGACUGAGCCAAGAAAUGAGGGAAUACUUCUGUGUUUGUUCAUGCUUUUUGUAGAUAUAACCUCAUUUUUUUGCAUUAUCUUUAGGUGUCAACAUAAACAAGUCAAAGGCACUUCAGAACAAAAAUGCGCUUUUCUUUGAGCUGUGCAGGUUGUCCAGGGCACUGAAUAGAAUAUAGAAUAUGUCUACAUAUAAUUUCAGGGAUGAAAUGCAGUGGAAUUUAAGGCGCUUUUUUUUUUUUUUUUAAAGGGAUUAAUUUUCUAAAUGGUAUUGUGUUCUUUUUGUUUGUAUUUUGUUGCUGCCUGCUUUCUUUCCUUCACUCUCAUAUUUCUGCUGGUUCCUGGACCAAGAGAUCCAAAGACUUAAUUUGUUUAUGACCCUGUUGAAUUCAUUUUUUAUUAUUAUUAUUUUUUUUAUUUCAUGUCCUUAUGCCAGCCUGUGGAUUUUAACUGGACUUUUUGCUUCGCAGUGCAGACUGUAAAAGUACAACAAAAAAGGGUUUCACUGGUUACAUUGGAAGGACUAAAUAAUGAAGAUAAUAGUGUGCAAUAUAUUUUAAUAUGUCAUAUUGAGGAUGAUACUUGAGACAAGUCAACAUAAACACCAGAGCAAGUUUUCACAUUUUUACAAUGAAUUUUCACUGCACACGAGGUUUGUUGUUGCUGCUGUUGCAGAAAAAGCAUCAGGGUGUCGGUUUUGGGCUCGACGAGAACACAUUUGGACUCUUGUACACCAAUGUUACUGAAAUUACUGCCACGGGUACUGUGUAUUGUCAUCUUUGGAGCUGUUACAUAAAUUAAGAAUUUUUUUGUUACCAGCUGUGUUCAAAGUGCAGAAUGUAAUAAA